AUGUCAAUGCAAUAUGACAGCUUCGAAGAUCCCUUCGAUCAGCCAUGGAUAGGCUGUUGUAGCUUUCCAAGAAGUGACGGCCUGAAUGAUCUUGCCCUGAACCACUGGAGGAAGGCUCGGCAGUAUCGCGAACAUCCAGAGACUGCUGAUGAAUACUAUAAGCAAGGCUACUCGCCACACUUUAUGAUUGUGAGCGACGCUAAGAACAACCGAGACUAUACCGACCGUGCGUUCGUGAGUCGAUCAACCAGUCUUCGCUUCUACUGCUCCGUACCAAUCCGCGACGGCAAUGGUUCGGUUCUCGGAGCUCUCUGCAUCCUCGACGACAUACCUCGUUAUGGCGUCAGUGCUGCGCAGAUGCAAUUCCUCGAAGAUAGCGCCGAGACUAUCACUUCUCAGCUCGCCACAGCAGUGGCCACAGCAAGACAGCAAGGCAGUGAGAGGCUUAUCAAAGGCUUGGGCUUGUUCAACAGCCACAAGAGCUCACUACGAGACUGGUGGCUUAGCCAGGACAAUGAGCGCCUACGCCGCGGUGGUCGAUACCAAGCCGAGAACGAUCAAUCUGACAAUCGCCAAGCACGACUCGAUCAUGAAUUCGGCGUUCAGGGCAGUCACGACCGGACUGCCGCUGCUCUGCGCCGCGCGCGCCGUGGAGGCGGCACUUCGGAGCAUUUUCCAGAUGAGGAUGCUCCACCGCACAUGUCACAAACUACGGAGACAAACAUGAAUGCUAACCACGCCCGCAUGACACAGCAUGUCUCGGGGACCGACUUUGGCCCUGUUAGCCAAGACACAGAAACGCCGUCUUCGUCGCAUGCUGCAACUUCUGCUCCAGGCGAUAGCACUGGGUACACCACAUCUGACAACUCGGUUCCCAACAAAGAUGGGACAAGCCCGAGGAAUUCUGACAUGGCUGGGAAUAUCUCCAACGCUUAUGCUCGAGCCAGCAAUUUGAUCUGCGAAGCUAUGCGUGCUGAAGGCGUGGUGUUUGUUGAUGCACGUGCAGCGUCAGCGACCCUGAAGAAGCCGCCUAGGAAGCUCGCCCGUAGUUCAACCGACGCCACUUCCUCGAAUCAAAGUGACACUGGGCCUAGCAGUCUGAGCGACGACAAUUUCUCUGAUCACGGCCAAAGUACGAGGCUCUGCCGCAUAUCAGGGUUCGCCACUCGCAAUUCGUCCUCUUUGUAUGGGUCUCGGGCCUUCUCCUCUCGCCGCAUGGCUCUUCAAGAGGCUGAGCUACAGAGCUAUAUCAGGCGCUACCGCCGGGGCAAAGUAUUCAACUUCGCGGACGCCGAUAUGAUAUACUCUAGCUCCGGCGAAGAUCCAUCAAAUGUAUCAAGCGAAGACAACAGCCAGCGAUCGAAUUCGAGUGGUCCUCGAAAGACGCGAGCAUCACGUGAUGCAGCUCGACUCGGCAAAAUCAUGGGCGGUGCUCAGACUAUCGCUUUCCUACCGGUAUGGGAUGAUGCCUCUGAUAGCUACAGCUCCUGCGCGUUUGUGUGGAGCACAAUGCCAUUACGAUACUUCGAUGCUGAAGAGGAUCUCACCUAUAUUGCCGCUUUCAGUCAUAGCUUGACCGCUGAGAUUGCUCGGCUGGAAGCUGUAGCUUCUGAUGCGGCCAAGAGUACCUUCAUUUCUUCUAUAUCUCAUGAAUUGCGGUCGCCUUUACAUGGCGUGCUCGCCGGCGCUGAGCUGCUGCAGGAUACUGAUCUCUCCCGCUUUCAACAAGACAUGAUAUCCACAAUUACCAUGGCGGGCAGGGCUCUACUUGAUACGUGCGUGUCACAAUUCCUCAGCCUUGGGUACCCACGCUAA